CUUGAGUUCGAAUAACUUGAGCGGUUCUCUACCUCAAGAAAUCGGGAAUGCAAAGAUGGCAAUACUUAUUGAUCUCUCAAAUAACAUACUAUCCGGAGAUAUUCCAAGUAGUAUUGGAGGCUUGACAAUGUUAAACAAUUUUUCUGUGGCACAUAACAAAAUCCAGGGUUCUAUUCCUGACACAUUUGGCAAACUCCUGGAUCUAUAUUCAUUGGAUCUUUCUGAUAACAAAAUAUUCGGAAUGAUUCCCAAGUCAUUAGAGGGACUUGUCAGCAUGAAGUAUUUCAAUGUUUCAUACAACAGAUUAACCGGAGAAAUUCCGAGUGGAGGUCCUUUUGCCAACUUCACUUAUGAAUCAUUCUUGUCAAAUGUUGGUCUAUGUGGUUCUCCUCGAAUGCAUAUUCCACCUUGCCCUGCCAAUUAUCUACGUUCAUCGAAGAAGAACAGAGUGGUUAUGUUUGUACUCAUUUCGUUGGCAGUUCUUAUAGUGCUAGUUGUCUCUGUUAUUGUAUACUUGAUUUUCAAGAGGCGCAAGAAGGUGCUUCUCAAGGAACCUGACUUCUUGUCGGCAGUAACACCAGCAAGAUUUUCAUACAAUGAACUCCAACGGGCAACCAAUGGAUUUGAUGACAGCAAUUUGCUAGGUAGCGGGAGUUUUGGUUCUGUUUAUAAAGGGACUCUAACAAAUGGGAUGCAUGUGGCUACCAAGGUUUUUCGUUUGCUACAUGAUGGUGAAAAUAAGAGUUUUGAUACCGAAUGUGAAGUUUUGCGCAACAUUCGUCAUAGAAAUCUCACAAAGGUUCUUGGCAGUUGCUCCAACUUGGAUUUUAAAGCAUUGGUGCUCGAGUACAUGCCUAAUGGGAGUCUACACAAGUGGUUAUAUUCUCACAAUUAUUUUUUGAAUAUAAUACAAAGAUUGAGUAUAAUGAUAGAUGUGGCAUCUGCGUUGGAAUAUCUCCACUUUGGUUACUCUGAGCCGGUUAUUCAUUGUGACUUGAAGCCCAACAAUGUGCUUAUAGAUUCAGACAUGGUGGGGCAUUUGAGUGACUUUGGUGCUGCAAAGCUCUUAGGAGAUGAGAACUCCAUGGCCUUUACAAAUUCCCUCGCGACAAUUGGUUACAUUGCUCCAGAGUAUGGACGAGAGGGUCUUGUGUCUACUCGCAGCGAUAUGUACAGUUAUGGUAUCAUGUUGAUUGAAGUUUUUACAAGGACACAACCUGGAGAUGAAAUGUUCAAUGAAGAUUCAAGUCUAAGGAGUUGGGUGCAGAAUGCAUUUCCAACGGAAAUAGGUCAUGUUAUAGAUCCCAACUUACUUGGACUAGAUGAGGAAAAGUACGAUGAAAAGUUACAGUGUGUUAUAGCUAUCUUUGAGCUGGGCAUGAAAUGUUCAACAGACUCCCCAAGAGAAAGGAUGGUCAUCAAAGAUGCAUUACCAGCACUGGAAAAGAUCAAAGUCAAACUCCUUUCGCUAUAUGCAAGAACUUAAAAGUAGUAUGCAUAGCAUAUACGUACUAUUUGAAGUUUAUGUAUAAUUUUAUGUACUGUUAAAAGAAUCAUAAUUCUGAAUUUGUGACUUGUGUAUCCAACUGAUCCUAUUUCACUAACUUCUUGAUGGC